AUGACUUUUGGUAUAGUCUUUGGCACCAUCCUUUUGCUCAUUCUUUUGGUGGUUAUAUACAAAGUGGUAUCCACCCCAAUUGAAAACAAAGAUAAGAACAAGACACAACUGGAGAUCGAUCAAAUCGACGCAGACAUUAAAAAGGAAAAAGACGAGUGUCAAAGGAAUUUGGAAUUGAUGAAAUGCGACUUUGAGAAUGUUCAAAAGGACCAAACAACACGAAAAAGCCAAUUGGCUCAUGAGCUUGCACUUAGAAUCAUUAAAGCUAGAAAGUACAUUGCAACACUUAUGGAAAUUAGGGCAAAUAUCCAUGAAGAAUAUGAAAAGUGUCAUAAUACAAAUAACCAAGACUUUUCAAAAAAGAUCGAAAUUGCACAAAGGUCUGUUACUCUUGCGAAAGCACAUUACCACAACCCACAAGAAAAGACUUCGGAAGAAGACCUUGAGAUGUCACUCGACAAGUUUGUGUUGGAUGGAGAGAUCGAAGAAAUUAAUCAAGAAAAAGAGGAUUGA